UUCAUACCGCUUUUUUGUACUCUUCAAAUAUGUUUGAAUUUGCAAAUGUGUUGUUUACAAUUGUAGUUUAGAAUUCCUGCGCCAUUGAACGCUUCACGACAGCACACGGAAGUCUUGCAGGCAACCAUGUUUGGACAAGCUAGCUGUCUCGCUAACAAGCUAGUCUGGAACGCUACUGCGUAAACAGUGCGGGAACGAGUUUUAAUUUCCGAAUGGCUGUAUGAACCUGUAUGGAACCUUGAACGUAAACAAAACAACAACCGCCACCGGCAGAAGAAGUUGGGACACCGAAGCUGCUGAAGCGGUGGGGCGUUUUUCAGCGGUCGACAUGUCCUCCUUCUCCGAGGCUGCUCUCGAGAAGAAAUUGUCCGAGCUUAGCAACUCUCAGCAGAGCGUCCAGACGCUGUCGCUAUGGCUCAUUCAUCACAGGAAACACUCCAAGAACAUUGUGCACGUUUGGUACAACGAGCUCGUGAAAGCUCCGGUAUCACGCAAACUGACCUUCCUGUACUUGGCCAAUGACGUCAUUCAGAACAGCAAGAGGAAAGGACCCGAGUUCACGGAGGAUUUCGCACCGGUCAUCGUCGAUUCAUUCAAACAUGUUUAUAGGGAGUGCGAAGACGGAUGUAAAAAGCAACUCGGCCGGGUGCUAUCCAUCUGGCAGGAGAGAGCGGUCUAUGAAAACGAGCUGCUGGAGCAGCUCUCCAGAGUCCUCUACGGCGAUAAGAAACCCACCAAGAGGCCCUACGAGUCCAUUCAAGUGGUGAACGAUAACUUUCCUGGCCAGACUUCUCCAUCGGAGCCCCCACAGGUCCUGGCGCAGUAUGUGUUCCUGUUUUCCCAGCAGACGUCGGAUCUGAUCCGAGCGCUACAGGAGCUUGAAAACGCCACGUCAGGAGACUCGCAGCUGCGUCAGCGUAUCUCCUUGCUACCCGCGGAGGUGCAGGAUAUGUCGCUGGUGCACAGGAUCACAGAUAAGGAGGCGGGUGCGCGCUUUUCACGCCAGGUGGACGACGCCUGCAUGCUGCUGGCCGACUACAGCGGUCGCCUGGCGGCAGAAAUUGACGAUCGGCGGCAGCUGACGCGCACGCUGACCAGCUUUCUCCAAAGCCAACGUGAUGGUCUUGUGCACAAUGAGCACAAACUUGAAGAAUACAAACGCAAACUGGCCCGAGUCAGCCAGGUCCGGAAAGAGCUGAGAUCCCGCUUGAAUAAUCUUCCGAGUGGACUUCGCAACUCCUCCACCUGACAUUAGAUCUGAAAUCUCCUGCUUUUGUUUUAGCUUUGUUAUUUUUUAAGUAGACAGCACUGUGUUUUUCCUAACCCCUUCCCCAUUGUUUGGCUGCUUUAAUUGAAAUUAUUUUAAAGUUUUUUUUUUUUUUUCUUUUAUUCAUAAUAUGUGACUGUGCUUCUGUAUUCACGGUUACAAGUCAUUCAAGCUGAAAUUGCAAAAGUGUGAGUAUGGGGUUCGUGUACAUAACACGCAGCUGCAUGUAAAUAUCUUAUAUUUGAAAUCAUGUUCUUGUGAAAAAAUUAAUUGUUCGGUUUUUUUUGUACAUACCUGCCGGUGUCCAAAUAAAUGACAUGGUUAUACUGUA